AUGCUAGUGGUUUUAUUAGUGGCAUUGUCGAUGCGAUGUACUUCACUGGCAGGUGUGAAGGCGUUUUACUAUGAGGUGCAAGGAAGCCUGGACGGUAUCAAUGAAACUGCGCACGAUACUGGAACGGUGCAAAGGAAGCUGAAUUCUGAUAUUUUGUCAGCACUCCCUCGAAGCGACGUCGUUGUGCGAGUGGACGAAAGCGACUUCGACGAACACUCAAAUGGUGCGGUAUUCCAUGGAUACGUGACGACUUCGAUAGCUAAUCGAACCAACCUUGUCGUUUUGCUACAGUCCGUGCCGACUGUCAUAAUUGUUUUCCUGGCUUCCAGA